GUCCACCUCGGGAAAUGUAGUUUGUGGAGCCUUUGAGUUUCGUUCACGGUCACUGUAAACUGCGGCGUACUUGCCUACAUUUCCCGGCAACAUGUCUGCGUGUGUCAGCCGGUAUCCUGUGCAGAGAACCCGAGUUAAUGUGAAGUAAAACCGGAUUUUAUAUCGAAAGCAGCCCGUCAGUUGAGCCCAGCUUUCAAAAACUCAGCCAUGAGGAACCUUUUGACCAAAGCAGGCUUGUUUGGCUCGGUAUCAGUGGCCUUUGGCUCGAUUUGGUGGUCACAGCAGAAAACCGAAUCAAACCCGAUCACUUCAAGCGCAGCCCCAAACCCAAAAGAUGCAUGCCCUGCUGCUCUGUAUGAACUCCAGCUGGUCCAGGUCGUGUUCCGUCACGGCGCUCGGACGCCGCUCAAGACUAUACCGGAUGUGAUGGAGGCUCAGUGGACCCCAUCGCUCCUAGAGCCCCCACCAUACACACACAUCAACUACGUGGUGACGGAUCUUAAGGGAGGACCGCAGCCACGAUCUCCUUUAGAGGAAACCUAUCGCAAAAACAUACUAAGUGGUGGCUCCUUUUCUGGUCAGCUGACCACAUUAGGCAUGCAGCAGCUUUAUGAGCUGGGUGAAACUCUGAGGAAGAAAUACAUAGAGGAGACACCUUUCCUCAGCCCCACCUUUAGCUCAACGGAGGUCUAUGUGCGCUCCACUAACAUUGUAAGGACUAUUGAAUCUGCCAAGUGCCUUAUAGCUGGACUCUUUAAACAAAAACAGAAAGAUAUUGUGCCCAUCCUAACAGAAGAGGCGAAUUCUGAAAUUCUCUACCCUAACUAUCACGGAUGCAAGCUGCUCAAAGUCCUCAGCGACCCCCGCUGGGCUAAGAUGUCCACUCUGCCUGGCGUCGCUGAAGACCUGCAGAGCCUCCUGAGUGCACUGGGGAUUGCUGCUCACCAACAAGUCGACUUCAUCCUUAUUAGGGAUGACAUGGUUGCCAGAGAGGCGCACGGCCUUCCCAGGCCGCUGGUUCUGAGCCUCUGGAGGAAUAAGGUGGAAGAGCGAGCUGUGGACAUGAUGUGCAGCCUCUAUGAACCCAACAAGAGAGACGCGCUGCAGCUGUCGGUGGGGGCCCUCUUCCAUCUUCUGUUAGAAAACAUUGAGAAAAAACUACAAGGCAACUCGGCAGAGGCGAACAGGAAGUUAUUUCUGUACUCGUCUCAUGACACCACCCUUAUGCCGUGCCUCAUGGCUUUGGAGAUCUUUGACAUGAAGUGGCCUCCGUAUGCUGCCUCCAUGACACUGGAGCUGCACAAAAGCCGGCAGACGGGCGAUGCUUUUGUGAAAGUCUCAUACAUUGGUCAGGAUCAACACAUACCAGGCUGCAGUGGAGUCUACUGCCCCCUGCAGGAGUUCAAACGGGUCCUCUCUGCAUACUCGCUAAGCUUUGAACGCUACAAUUCUCGUUGCAACAGCACUGAACUCACUGAUCCCUGAUCUUCCAAGAAACACAAAACCACUCGACGUUAAAACUUUGAGUGCAUCUCAGGCUCCCCUUCAUCCAAUAACCUUAGUAUCACACAUAAGUUAGUAAACUUAUGUGUGAGAAGUUAAAAAACUUGAUGAUCUUUAACAAUAAAUCUAGUUUCAAUGAUUAUUUGAAUAAGUUUGGUGCAAUGUUUACACCAGGUGUAAUGUUUACACCAGAUGCUCUUUCUAGCAGAAAUGUUUUGAAUUGAAUCAUUUGUAUCUGCUUCAUCCUCAGUAUGUUUGUAGACUGUAACCAAUGGGGUAUUUCACUAUUUAGGUGAUAUUCCAGUUGAAUGUAUUUGAGGUUGACUUUCACAUCAUUAUUAUACCAAAUAAGCCUUUUAUGUAUUUUUUUUCUGCCUGGGGAAUCAUUUCUGUAUUUCCUGUCUUUCCUCUGAACACUUUUGACACUCAGCAGAUUUUAUGGUCGACUCAAUAACUAGUUACUGUGGCUACAAAACUAGCUCACAUCAUUGAAGUAUGGUUAGACGUUGUUAGGUUUUUGACAUCUACUUUGGUCUCAGAUAUAAUCUUGAGGUUCAUUCAAAUUCAGCUUUGCAAACCCAAGUAGACCUGCAAUUUAUUUUUAUAAAGAAAAUACGUUUUCUUCGUAAGACACAAACUUAGAUUUUUAUUUUUUUUCCUGAUUGUAUUGUCCUGAAGUUUGACACUUGAAAUGGUGUCUGCAGUCUAUAAAGUCUGAUAUAGACCAAUCUUUGUAACUUCUACAUAAUCAUGGGAGAAACAUACUGGGAUGUCUGCCAAGAUGUCCAGUUUUAUGCAUGUGAACAUUCCUCACAUUGGAAGAAUGGACUUUGUUGGUCAACAAUUCUUGACGUCACUGCUGGUUUUCCUCCUGCACCUUCUAGUGUACAGCUAAAUCUUAAGGCAACAGCAUUGUUGUACAUUGCCUUUGUGUGUCAAAGCUUUAUUGUCCCCCAGGAAUACAGCUUUCAUUCAUCAGGAAAAUAUAUAAUGUCGAAAAACAAAAAGUGAAAUGUUACUUAGUGGCUAUAGCGCACCAAUAACAGUAUAUUGAGUUAACAUUGACUUAGAAAAGCAGAUCUUUUUAUAUUGACUGUUGCUGUGAAACAACUUUUAUUCACGAGGUGAAACGUCUUGAGACAUGCUGUCCCAGCUGUAAGUAUCAGGUGUGGAUGAGAGAAAUAAAAUGCAGAUUUUAUUCUAC